GAGCACGUGGGCGCGCUCGGAGUUUGUCUCGCGCCGCUCCAGCCAUGGCAGACACGAAGCCCAGCGCCGGGGAGCCGGACGAUGGGGAAGCCGGGUCCGAAUGGAGCAUCCCGCCCAACGCGCCCGCCUGCAUGGAGCGGCACCUGGACGGGGCCCACUACCGGGCAGAUGGUUCCUUGCUCCUGGGAGCAUCCAGCUUGAGCGGACGUUGCUGGGUGGGUUCCAUUUGGGUGUUCAAGGAUCCAUCCAAAGCUCCUAAUGAAGGCUUUUGCUCUGCGGGAGUUCAAACUGAAGCAGGAAUAUCAGAUCUGAAAUGGGUGGCAGAUAAAGGCAUCCUGAUAGCUUCCGAUUCAGGCGCUCUGGAACUUUGGGAGCUGGACGAGAACGAGACUCUGAUCGUGAACAAAUUCUGUAAGUACGAGCAUGACAACAUUGUGACCACAGUGAGUGUCCUCGCCAACAGCACACAGGCCGUCAGCGGCAGCAAAGACUUCAGUGUGAAGAUCUGGGACAUCCCUCAACAAACGGUGCUCAACACCUACAGAGCUCAUUCCGGUCAAGUGACAUGUGUGAACUCCUGCCCCGGAAAGGAGACAGUGUUCCUGUCCUGCGCUGAGGAUGGCAGAAUUUUACUCUGGGAUACCAGAUCCCCAAAACCAGCAACUCGGAUUGCCUGCAAUGCCUCUAGUCAUCUUCCUACCUCAUUGAUGUGGCAUCCACAUCGAAGUGACACUUUUGUAUUGGGCGAUGAAAGCGGAACGGUUUUUCUUGUGGACACAAAGAAUGCAGAGUCUGCCCUCAGCUCACCUGUGCACUCCCGAAGCAUCACGGGCUUUGCUUUUUCUGCACAUAGCUCCCCCUUGCUGGCUUCCAUCAGCGAAGACUGCUCAGUAGUUGUUCUUGACUCCAGCUUUUCAGAAGUUUUUAGAAACCGGUCCCACCGAGACUUUGUGAAAGGCUUAUCUUGGUCACCAAUGAACAAAAGCUCCCUGACGACAGUUGGGUGGGAUCAUCAGGUUCUACAUCACACAAUCCCAACGCAGAAUAACCAUCCUGGGAAGAACAACAACAUCACUGCAUAGUUUUUGUGUGUUCACUUUUUGGUCCUUCUCCCUGGAAUAGCAUCCUCUCCCCCCCUUUUUUGGGGUGUGUGUGUCAAGUCCUGGGGUUGAAUGUGGCCUUUGCAGGCAAGAAGAAAGGCCCUGUAGCAAUUUCAUGUUAGAUGAGCGCUAGCCUCAUACCAGCUGCUUGUUGCAGCCAAUCAGAUUCUGCAGGUAUCAGAAGUUUUAUGGUGUGAAGCAGAACAAUACAAAACUAUGUGAGAAUUGGCUUCUUUUUGUUUUAGUUGUAUUUUACUUUUUAAAACCUCCAAAGUUGUAGAGAAGUGUGUUUUUGUUUGUUUUUAAUGUGAAAUAAAACUUUGGAGUAAUUUCUGGA